AAGAGGCAUGAAAACACGGAUUCGUUUGACAAACCGUCAGAAGAGUCAUCUAGAACACCGGAGCAUGAUUAGCGUUGAUCUCUGAAGUGUUUUUGUCGCUGUGGGAUGCGGACUCGAGUUAGACGGACUGUGAGGGGGCAGCUAGAGGAGCCUGAUCUCGGACUUGCGUGUCCAGAGACGCUGGAUCCACGUCAGCACUCUUGGUUUUCCUCUUCUUAAGGACUCAUGGCUCUCCGCUCGCGCAGCGCGUGCAGCAGCCUGAUGCUCGGCGUGCUCCUCGGGUUCAGCGCGUGCUCGUGGCUCAUCCUGCCUCACGUGCUGGAAAGCGAGAAGUGCGCCGGUAAAACUCCCGCCACGCUGUCACACCGGGGCCCGCCGGCACACCGGGGCCCGCCGGCACACCGGGGCCCGCCGGCACACCGGGGCCCGCCGCCGCGGCAGGAGGAGGAGCAGAUCUCGCUGGGCUCCGGUAGCGGCGGCGGGACUCGACCCAAACACUUCCUCUACGUGGGCGUCAUGACCGCCAAAAAGUACCUGGCUUCCCGCGCCGCCGCCGCGCACGCCACGUGGGCGCGCUCCAUCCCCGGGAAGGUGGAGUUCUUCUCCAGCGCCGGGUCCGACUCGGUCCGGGGGCCGGUCCCGGUGGUGUCACUGUCCGCCGUGGACGAUUCCUACCCGCCGCAGAAAAAGUCCUUCAUGAUGCUCAAGUACAUCCACGACCACUACCUGGACCGGUACGAGUGGUUCAUGCGGGCCGACGAUGACGUCUACAUAAGAGGUGAGAAGCUGGAGUUGUUCCUUCGCUCUCUUAACAGCAGUAAGCCGCUGUACCUUGGCCAGACAGGCCUGGGCAUGGCUGAGGAAUUAGGCAGGCUGGCCCUUGAGCUUGGAGAAAACUUUUGUAUGGGAGGCCCCGGGAUGAUCUUCAGCAGAGAAGUUCUCCGGAGGAUGGUACCUCACAUCAGCACCUGUCUGAGGGAGAUGUACACCACCCACGAGGAUGUGGAAGUGGGCCGCUGUGUGCGCCGCUUCGGAGGGACGCAGUGUGUCUGGUCCUACGAGAUGCAGCAGCUUUUCUAUGAGAACUAUGAACACAACAAGAAAGGUUUCAUUGAAGAACUUCACAGCAGCAAAGUCCAUAAUGCCAUCACUCUACACCCCAACAAAAAACCAGCCUACCAGUACCGGCUCCACAGUUUCAUGCUGAGCCAUGAGAUCUCAAGGCUCCGUCACCACAGCAUCCUGCUCCACCGAGAAGGUCUGAUCAUGAGUCACCUUAGUGACACGGAAGUGCUAUGGGAGGAUCGGCAACUCGGGAUACCACCUUCGUACAUGCGCUACAAGCCCAGUGAGAGGAACGAUGUCAUUGAGUGGGAUUUCCUAACUGCCCGACAUCUUUAUUCUUCUGUUGAGAACAAGAUGGUACGCCAAAGUCUUGGAGGUUCAAUUCGAGCUGCACUGGAAGACAUUAUACUCCAGGUCAUGGAGAUGAUUAACGAAAGUUCUAAGGCACGUGGCCGUGUAAUUGAUUUUAAAGAGAUACAAUACGGCUACCACAGGGUAGAUCCCGUGCAUGGAGCAGAAUACAUACUGGACUUGCUGCUUCUGUACAAGAAACACAAGGGGCGCAAAAUAACGGUGCCUGUGAGGCGUCAUGCUUACCUGCAGCAGUCCUUCAGCCGACCCUACUUCACUGAAACGAAUGAAUUAGAUGUAGAUGAACUUGUGGCUGCCAUCAACUCAGAGUCCCAGUCCCUGUCCUUCUUAUCAAACUCUCUGAAGUUCUUUUCACCUUUCCAGUUCUAUCAAUCAGCUAGGGAAAUGUGGGAUCAAAGCCAGAGGAAGGUCAACAUCCUUGUCCCUCUGUCUGGUCGUUAUGGCACCUUUGUCCGCUUCAUGGAGAAUUUUGAGAAAGUGUGUUUGAUACCCAAACAAAAUGUGAAGUUGUCCAUCGUUCUGGUGGACACUGAGAACAAUCAGGACCGAGAUAAACAUGUUAAAUUAAUCAAAGGCUACUACAGGAAGUAUCCCAAAGCUGACCUGUCUGUAAUCCCCAUGGCAGGCAACUUUUCACGAGGACUGGCACUAGAGCUGGGCUCCUCACAACUUGAUAAUGACACACUGCUCUUCUUCUGUGAUGUUGAUCUUAUUUUCAGUGGAGAAGCCUUGCAGCGCUGCAGAGACAAUACCAUCCAAGGGAGACAGGUCUAUUUCCCUAUUGUCUUUAGUGAGUACAACCCCAAGAUAGUGUACGCUGAGAACAUCUUGAGAGAAAACAAAUUUGUGUUGACCAAGAAAAGUGGGUUCUGGCGGGACUAUGGAUUUGGAAUUGUUUGUAUUUUUAAGAGUGAUUUGCAAAAAUCUGGUGGCUUUGACACCUCAAUCUUAGGCUGGGGAUUGGAAGAUGUAGACUUGUUCACGAAAGUGAUUAAUUCUGGGUUAAAUGUGUUACGCAGUCAAGAACCAGGAAUAGUCCACAUUUAUCAUCCUGUUCACUGUAAUUCUACCCUUGAUCAGAAGCAACACAAAAUGUGUGUUGGGUCACGGGCAAGUACAUAUGCGUCGACAAUGCAGUUAGCCGAGCUGUGGCUGGAGAAACACAUAGAAGUCGGCUAUAACAGAACAACAUCUUGAUA